GGACCAAGUUUAAUUCGUGCAAAGAAGACGUUAUUGAUGAGACAUAUUGGGGAAUCCAAAUAUUCUGAUUCUAUUUUAGGUGUACCAAGUGACUGUGUUGUUGAGUUUGGUGCAAUGCGGAAUUUGAAACUGGAUGAACAAGUAGGGAAUAAGAAACGCAAAAGGGAUGCCGAAGAGAUGGGAGAUGCGAUGAAGUGUUUGGAGAAUAGAACCUUGGACUCAAAAAGAGAAAUGGGCAUCUUUGCUGCACUGGACGAAUUGAAGUCCAUGAAAUCCAGACAUGCAAUUGUGAGUGUAGAUUCAAUGCUUGAUCAGCUCCUCCAGGAGGAAAAGGAAAAGGAAAAGGAAAAGGAAAAGGAAAAGGAAAAGGAAAAGGAAAAGGAAAAAAAGGAAAGGGAAAGGGAGUUGGAAGAAGACUCCAAAGGAUUCAAGAUAAAUAUUUUAGUGAUGAUUAUGAGGAUUUAA